GCCAUGAAGCAGCCACCCUUCGACAUGUGGAAGGACUACUUCAACCUGAGCCAGGUGGUGCUGGCACUGAUCCAGAGUCGGGGGCAAGGGCCGGAGGCCCAAGCGACCGGGGAGCCGGGACCUGGGCCCCAGCUGGGGCAGGAUCAGGGGCAGGGAGGGCAGGGGGCCAGGGGGGGCCUGGUCACCCUGUGCAACUUCUGCAAACACAAUGGGGAAUCUCGCCACGUGUACUCCUCACACCAGCUGAAGACACCAGAGGGCGUGGUGGUGUGUCCCAUCCUGCGGCACUAUGUGUGUCCCCUGUGCGGGGCCACGGGGGACCAGGCCCACACGCUCAAGUACUGCCCGCUAAACGGAGGCCAGCAGUCUCUCUACCGCCGCAGUGGGCGCAAUUCGGCCGGCCGCAAGGUCAAGCGCUGA